UUUUGUUAGUGAUCUAAACGUUGUGCGUUGAACGGCCGGCUUUCACCAAUGUUAUAGCAAAAAAUUAUUAUUUCAAAAAAAACAAAACAAAUUUUUGUGUUAUUUUUCUUUCAAAUGCAAUCAUUUAAGUUCGUAUUUUGAACGAAAAAAAUAAAUAUUAAAUUCGGAAAAUGGAUUUACAAACUGCCUUAGUAUGUGGAGCAGUGUUCGUACUUACAACAGGAGUAUUAUUAUUAAUAUCAGUAUUUGGAAUUAAAUCAAAAAGUUUUGAAGAGGCGUUAGCUGAACAGCGAGACCUAAAGGCUGGACUUUUAGGUAUUUCAAAGCAAGCAAAAUUAAAGCAUGCAAAAGAGAAGAAAUUGAAAAAGUUAAAUCGAAAGAAUAAGGAGAAAUCAUUAGUAGCGGUUUCAUCUUCAUCGGAUGGUGCUAGCGGCGAUGAAACAACUGCUUCAUCCUCAAACGAAACACCAGACGUUCUAAUCAACGAUGUAAAUACUAAAAACAUUCCCAUUAUAAAUGUCAAACCCAAUAAUAAUAUCCACGUUGAAUUUGUUAUCGACGAACCUGAAAUUAUUCCACCAGAACCUCAAGUUAUUAAAGUUGGAAGAAAGAAGCAACGUGAAUUGAAACCAAUUAAUGUACGUCCAAUCCUCGUGAAUCGUGACCCAAGUCCCGUAUCCAGUUUUACACCAAUUGAUUCACCGAAAACAUUGAAUCAUUUUGAAAAAAUUCAUCCCAAGGAUGAAAAAGAAUUACUUAAAUCUCAAAUUGUUGAGAAAACUAAUUUAUCACCGAAAACUAAAAAGAAUAAGAAUAAAAAUAAGAAUAAAGAUACUGAACAAGAGAAUAUUCCAAGUGAUGUUGUAGUCACUGAAACUAACGUCGUAUCUGGGAAGAAAAAACAAUCAAAAGAAAAUAUCAAUGAUGGUAGCAAUAAUCCAUCUCCAAAUCCUAAAAAACAAACGAAAGCAAAGAAAGAAGUUUUACAACAACCGGACAAGGUAAAGCAAGACACAUUACCAGAAAAAGUGAAAAAGGACACUUUACCUGAAAAAGGUAAAAAAGAAAAUCCACCAUCAGUGGAUAAACCAAAAGUUGAAGAGAAAGUGGACAAACAAAAAUCAAAUACUCAAGCUAAGACUACUUCAAAAUCAGAAGUUACAGAAAAAUCAAAAGCAUCGCCAACAGAAAAGAAGCAGAAUGAGAAAAAUAAGAAUAAUCAAUUGAAGAAAGAAAAUUCUGCUAUCCCCACCACAAAAAGCAAUCAAGACGUAACUAAGAAAGAUGUGGCUGAGAAAAAAGAUCAAAUAAUCGAGAAAACUAAAAAGGAACAACAAAAUAUUGACAGUAAAAAAUCUCAAACAAAAAACCAAAUCAAUUCAAUUGAAAAUGGUAACAAAAAAGUACAAUCAAAUCCAAAAAAAGUAAACAACGUUGAUGCGAAAAAUGAUAUUGAGAAAAUGAAAAAGGAUUCUGUGGAAAAACUCAAAGUUGAUAAUAUUAGUAAAAAGAAUAAUAAAGUUGUUGAGAUUAUAGAAAAAGUAACAAAUCAAGAUGUAUUGGUAGCGUAUGAAAAUGGAAAAAAAGAUUCACCUCCAUUAAAGAAAAAUAAAAAAGAGAAUUUAAUUGAGAAGAAACUUGAUAAUGAUUUGGCUGUUUUACAAGAUAAGAAGGAUGUCCAAGAAAAAAAUAAAAAGAAUACUGAAAUGUAUAAUGGAUUUAAUGGAGUCCAUCAUGUUCAAAAUGCGGUUACAAGUAAUGGUAUUUCGGCGAAGGAGAGCAAGAAGCGUAAGCGUGAAUUAAACGCUUUACAACAAAUGAGUGGUGACAAUACUGGAGUGAAUGUAAGUUUACUAGUUCCACUUGUCCGCAAAGCCGAAUUAUCACGUAGUGAAGUACAAAUUUUAAUUGAUUUACUUCUAAAUAAACAACACGAUAUGCCUGUUGCGCAUCAAGAAUGGUCCGAGGGUCGUUCAGAUCCCGUAGUUAAGUUGCGUAAACAAUUGGCUGAACGUGAAAAAGCUUUACAAGCAGAACAAGAAGCGCAUGUUGGAGUUGCUGCAAAAUUGCGUGAAAUACGUGGUGAAUUAAAUGCAUGUAUGCAAGCGAAGCGACAAUUUGAAGAGGCUAAUGUUCAAGUUUUAAAUGAUCGUCAACAAUUGAUUAAUCGUUUACAACAGAAUUUGGAACAUUUACAAGCGGAAAAACAAAUGUUAACAAAACAAUUGCAACAAUUAAACGCUAAAUUAAACGAAGAACGUCAUUCUACACGUCAAUUCCAAGAUGAGCAUGCAAAAUUACAAAAUCAACGUCAGCAAUUAGAAUUAGCUGUGUCACGGUUAACCGAACAACACAAGGAAAACGAUGCAGCAUUGAAAAAUAAGAUUGGUACAUUACAUAACGAUUUACAGGAACAAAUCAAUGUAGCAAAUGCCUUGAGACGCGAAGCUCAUGCAGCUCGAUCUGAAGCUGAUGUGUUACGAGAUAGAAUAUCUCAUUUACAGACAGCGGCUGAUCAAGCACAAGAACUUGCUCGUCAACUUGAGGAAUCACAUCAUACAGUUGCAGAAUUAGAACAACGUUUAACAAUAUCAAUGAGUAACGCACAAACAAUGAACGAACAAUUAAAUAAAUAUGAAGAUGAUAAAUUAAAAUCACAUUCUGAAAUACAAUGUUUACAAUCACAAUUAGAGUGUGCGCACAAAAUAGCAAAACAACAACAAGAGGACAACGAACGUAUCAUAACACAAUUAAAAACAGAAUUAGCAACAUUUAAACAGAAUGCCAAUGGUUCGGCAGAGGAUGAUAAACAACGUCAAGUUGAAAUAUUAAAUUUACAUAAUGAGUUGGAUUCAGCGCGGGCUGAAUUGAAAGCAUUGAAAGAUGAACUCAACCAGCAAAAAGAAAAGAAUAACGAUAUUCGACAGUUGAAUUGGAAAGUGAUGGAGGCAUUAAAUGCUGCAGAGAAAGCCAAUGAGAAUGCUAAAAAAACUUUUAAUGAAAAUAUUUCGCAAGUAAUUUCUAAAGAACAUGAAAAUCAAAAGAAAUUUUUACAACGAUUAUUCCCAGAUAUAAAAAUCAUUGGAACAACAACUCAGGAACAAUUUUUAACGGAAUAUGAAAGAUUAGUACGCGAUAUUAUUACAAAAAAUAAAACAGACGCGCAAGAUAGAAUAACAAUACAACAAAUGAAAGCUGAUUUUAUUCAACAAUCAAAGGCAAAGGAUUUAGAAUUUACAAAACAAAUGAAAGUUAUUGAAGAAAAUUUCCAGAAAGAAUUACAAGAAUGUCAGAAAAAAUCCAGUAAACAUUUAACGGAUGCAAAUGAAAAAAUUGCAAAAUUACAAGAACAAGCAAAUCGAUAUAAAACUAUUAUUGACGAUACACAAUUGACGCUGAAUAAAUUAGAAAUGAGUGUAGCAAAAGAAGAACAAAGUUGGAGAGCAAAAUUGUAUAUGAAAGACGAAGAGAUAUCACAAUUGAAAACAAAAUAUUCCCAAAUACAUUCCAAACAAAUUUUAGAAUUACAAGAAAAAUUAACAGAAGAAGAAAAACGUAAUAAAGAAUUAAUUUUACAAUGUGAACAAUUACGUGUUCGUGCGUUUGGUGCUUACGUAAAAUUAGAAGAUGAAUCAAGUAGACUUUUAUCCAGUGAACAAAAUAGAAAUGAAAAUAGUCCGGAUAGCAAUAACAGUAUUGACGAUGUUAAGUUAAAGGUUACAAAUAAUUCAAAUGGACCAGCGACAGCUGAUUCAUCGUUAAGUGAGUAUCAAUCAUCCACGUCACCUAGUCCCGCACCUUCACACAGUUCACCGCUUAAUAAUAGUAAUAACAGCGUACGAUCUUCUAAAACUAAAAAGAAAAAGGCAAAAAAAUAACAGUAUCUCAACAAAAUUUUAUUCUACGUUUAAGAAAAAAAAAAUUACUUAAAAGAACGAAGCAAUUAAUACGCUAUUUCUUACAUAAGACUUAGAAUCAUUAUAUAAUUACGGCAGUUAUUUUAAGAAUAUUUUUAUAUUAUUAUUUAAAGUAUUAAAACAAAAAACAAGAAUCAAUUAUUAAAGACG